AUGCGCGGUAAGUUACUAGCCCGCGCGCUUCUCCUGGGAUGUGCCUACAUCGCCAGCCAGGUCGCCUGGGUGCCGUGCACGGACACGCGUGUGACGCGGCGCGCUUUAUUGCAGCUUCCCGUGCUGCUGGCACCGCCUGCCUUCGCAGAGGAGAGCAAGCGGUUGGCAGUGGUUGAGUCGUAUCCGCCGUUCGCAACCCUUGUGCCUUUGGCUGGUGUUUUCGGCCUUGUGCAAUCAGCAGCACAAGCGUCUUCCGCGGACGCGCUGUCUGAUAUGAAGAAGCGCUUCAAAGCGCUCUCUGACACUGACUUGGACGCAUAUCGUUUCGUUUGCACCCAGUAUGUGGGGCUCAUCAAGUACGCCGAUCCGGAUGACAAGGUGGUCUCGUUCGACAAAGCUGGGCGUUUCAAAGCCUGCGACGAUGCCAUGACGGCAGUCGGCCGUGCACGUGACGUGCUGCAAAAAGAUCAGGAGAAGGCGGAGUUCCAGAAGCAGGUGUCAGCAACGGGGAUCAACCUGGCAAGCUACUUUGCACUGGUUCCCAAGGAGGACUUUGCAAAAGCUCAAGCUUUGUCCCAGAAGAUGCGAGCGCUGGAUGAGGACAGAGAUUACAAGCUGAGCGCAGAGGAAGCCAAGACCGUGAGAUCGGGCGCGCAGCCUCUCUCACAGGAGGAGUCUGAGGUGGUGGUAGCUCUGCGGAGCAUUGGCAUGGGCAACUUGCUCAUCCCGUGA